AUGUCGGGAAAAACAAACCGAGAUGUCAAGAACCACUUUCUCUUUGAGAUAGCUACUGAGGUUGCAAAUCGAGUUGGUGGUAUCUACUCCGUCAUCAAAUCGAAAGCACCAGUAACGACAGCCGAAUAUGGAGACAGAUACACCCUCAUCGGUCCCCUCAAUAGGCAAUCGGCCGCCGUGGAAGUCGAAGCAUUGACACCUACAAAUCCCCAUCUCGCAGCAACGAUAGAGGCUAUGGAAGAAAGAGGAAUUCAAAUGUUAUAUGGCCGCUGGUUGAUCGAGGGUGCCCCAAGAGUUUUGUUAAUCGACACCAAGAGUGCCUACAGAUUUUUGGACGAAUGGAAAGCCGACCUGUGGAAUACUGCAGGUAUUCCGUCUCCUCCGGGAGAUGAUGAAACCAACGAAGCAGUCGUCUUCGGUUAUUUGGUUGCAUGGUUUUUGGGAGAGUUCGUUGCCCACGAAAAGGAAAAGGCUGUCAUCGCGCAUUUCCAUGAAUGGCUCUCUGGUGUCGCACUUCCUCUAUGCAAAAAGCGUCGCAUAGAUGUUACGACAAUUUUUACCACUCACGCCACUUUACUAGGAAGAUAUCUUUGCGCAGGAUCGGUCGAUUUCUACAACAAUCUUCAAUGGUUUGAUGUUGAUGCUGAAGCAGGAAAGCGUGGUAUUUACCACAGGUAUUGCAUAGAACGCGCAGCAACGCAUUCUUGUGAUGUUUUCACAACCGUCUCACACAUCACUGCCUACGAAUCCGAGCAUUUGUUAAAGAGAAAGCCGGAUGGUGUUCUCCCCAACGGUCUUAACGUCACCAAAUUCUCAGCCAUGCACGAAUUUCAGAACUUGCAUCAGCAGGCAAAGGAAAAGAUUCAUGAUUUCGUUAGAGGUCACUUCUAUGGGCACAAUGACUUUGAUCCAGAAAACACUUUAUAUUUCUUCACGGCUGGACGAUACGAGUAUAGGAAUAAGGGUGUGGACAUGUUCAUAGAGUCGCUGGCUCGUUUGAAUCACCGUCUCAAGUCUGCCGGAUCCAAAAUGACUGUUGUAGCUUUUAUCAUUAUGCCCGCACAAACUCAGUCAUUGACUGUGGAGGCUUUGAAGGGACAGGCCGUCAUCAAGUCAUUACGUGACACAGUCGAUGUUAUUGAACGUGGUGUUGGAAAGAGGAUUUUCGAGCGUGCCCUUAAAUGGCAUGAGGGUGAGGUCAUGCCUGAUGAUAAAGAUUUGAUCACCAGUCAAGAUCGUAUCCUUCUCCGUAGGCGAUUGUUUGCCAUGAAGAGACAUGGUCUCCCACCAAUCGUCACCCAUAACAUGGCAAACGACUCCGAGGACCCAAUUUUGAACCAGAUCAGAAGAGUUCAAUUGUUCAAUCACCCAUCCGACCGUGUGAAGGUCGUUUUCCACCCAGAGUUUUUGAACUCUGCAAACCCAGUUUUGCCAAUGGACUACGAUGAAUUCGUUAGAGGUACUCAUUUGGGUGUUUUCUCAUCCUAUUAUGAGCCAUGGGGUUACACACCUGCGGAAUGUACGGUCAUGGGUGUUCCAAGUAUCACAACUAACUUGUCAGGUUUCGGUUGUUACAUGGAGGAGUUGAUUGAAAACUCGACGGAUUACGGAAUUUAUAUUGUUGACAGGAGAAUGAAGGGUGUGGAUGAUUCAGUCAAUCAGUUAACCAGCUACAUGUUUGAUUUCGCCGGCAAAAGCAGACGUCAGCGUAUUAACCAGAGGAAUCGUACCGAGCGAUUGAGCGAUCUUCUCGACUGGAAGCGUAUGGGUAUGGAAUACGUCAAGGCAAGACAACUUGCAUUGAGAAGAGCUUAUCCUGCUUCUUUCGAUGGUGAAGAGGAAGAUGACUUCAUCCCUGGUGUGGAACAAAAGAUCUCACGCCCAUUCUCAGUACCUGGAUCUCCAAGAGAUAGAAGUGGAAUGAUGACACCUGGUGAUUUUGCCAGUCUACAAGAAGGACGUGAAGGAUUGAGCACGGAAGAUUAUGUUGCAUGGAAGCUUCCUGAGGAGGAAGACCCAGAUGAGUAUCCAUUCCCGCUCACCCUUCGAACAAAGAAAAAUGGUGCACAAAGUCCAUAUGGUGGUGCACAAAGCCCUUCGGAAUAUGCGAUUACAAAUGGAAAUGGGUUGAGAUAA